CAUUUUUACAUACGACCAUCUGCUGGGUAAAAUUCAUUUUUGUCUUUGCAUCUUAAUUGAUGGUUCAUCUUGUACUUUACAGUUUGUGCAAAUGUCACACGGAGUCCCAUUUCUUUUUCUAUGAUUAAUAUGACCCCUUUGUGGUGUCAAGUUCAGUUAGUCAUGUUUUUCCUUCUUCCAGGAGAAAAUACAUAACAGCAACUGGAGUUGCCCCACCCUUCCGUCACAUGCAGGGGAGGUUUGGGCAAUAGUCUGCGACUGUGGAAUGAGUGCCAAGGCUGCAGGUCGAAUGGACGCAGGCACUGCUCCUGGACUUGGUGCUUAGUAGACUGAGCAGCACCAUGGCCGAGUGGGAUUACGACUAUCUGAUCAAGCUGUUGGCCCUUGGUGACUCGGGGGUGGGCAAGACCACCUUUUUGUACAGGUACACCGACAACAAGUUCAACCGCAAGUUCGCCACUACGGUGGGCAUUGACUUCCGGGAAAAACGGCUGAUGUACACCGGAAUUAAUUCCGACGGGGGAAUGGAAAAGAACUUCAGAGUCCACCUUCAGCUUUGGGACACAGCUGGACAAGAGAGGUUUCGCAGCCUCACAACAGCCUUCUUCCGAGAUGCCAUGGGGUUCCUGCUCAUGUUUGACCUGACCAAUCACCAAAGCUUCCUCAAUGUCAGGAAUUGGAUGAGUCAGCUCCAGGCCAACGCAUACUGCGACAGUCCUGACGUGGUCCUGGUGGGCACCAAGGCUGACCUCCGCACCAUCAAGGAAGUGGACACCAGGCAAGCCAGAGAUCUGGGUGACAGAUACGGCAUCCCUUACUUUGAGACGAGCGCCAUGACAGGCCUGGGUGUGGACAAGGCAGUGCAGACCCUGCUGGAGAUGGUGAUGAGCCGAAUGGAGCAGAGUUCGCCAGAAGCCGAGUGCAAUGGCAGCAGACGGCCCACGGGGAGAGCGCAUGAGGUCUGCCUCUGGAGGAGGUGCGCCUGCUGACGUCACAACUGACUUCACCUGACACUUGAUUACAUUUUUACAUUUCUCUACAUGCCAUCCAGUUGGAGAAAAUACAAGAUCUGUGUCAACAAUAAUGCUUAUUGUAUUGCGUUGCAUAGGAUGGUGCAAGUGUACCUACUGAAGAUAAUUUGCCUUUUUUUUAACUGUAUAAUAUCAGUGAAAUAAUAAAAAUGUAUAUAUCAAUAGGCAUCCAUUUUCUACACCACUUGUACUCAUUAAGGUCAUAGGUCAAGAGGAGCCUAUUCCAGCUGACUGAAGCGAUUAGACACUAGCCAAUCACAGAACACAUAUAGAGAUUGUGCAUGUGACGUCACCGUUUUUACGGUGAAUUAACAGUCCAAUUUCUUAUCUGCACAAACAUCGACUUCGACAUUAAAUAUGAAUCCUCAAUGCCAAGUGUCCCUAA